AUGCAUACAUAUUCAACAGGGGAUGAAAUUUAUGCCAAGGUGAAUUCACUGACUUCCAUAGAGACCGAGCUUCCUUUCAGCUACUAUAGUCUUCCCUAUUGCAAGCCUAUUGGGGGAAUCAAGAAAAGUGCUGAAAAUCUUGGAGAACUUUUAAUGGGAGAUCAAAUUGACAACUCUCCAUAUCGUUUCCGAAUGAACGUCAACGAGUCCGUAUACCUCUGCACCACUCAGCCAUUGAAUGAGAAUGAGGUGAAGCUUUUGAAACAGAGAACUCGCGACCUAUAUCAAGUGAACAUGAUUCUUGAUAACUUGCCUGCUAUGAGGUUUACCAAUCAAAAUGGGAUCAAAAUCCAGUGGACGGGAUACCCGGUGGGAUAUACCCCUCCAGGCAGUAAUGAUGAUUUCAUCAUCAACCAUCUGAAGUUCAGGGUGCUUAUCCAUGAGUAUGAAGGAGCCGGUAUCGAGAUAAUUGGUACUGGAGAAGAGGGCAUGGGUGUCAUUUCUGAAGCAGACAAGAAGAAAGCUUCAGGGUAUGAGAUUGUUGGUUUCGAGGUUGUUCCAUGCAGUGUGAAAUAUGACCCAGAGAGGAUGACGAAGCUCCACAUCUAUGAUAAUGUGACAUCUGUCAACUGCCCGCUAGACAUUGACAAAUCUCAGAUCAUUAGAGAGCAGGAGAGAGUGUCGUUCACGUAUGAGGUUGAGUUUGUGAAGAGCGAUAUCCGCUGGCCGUCCAGGUGGGACGCUUACCUGAAGAUGGAAGGGGCUCGUGUCCACUGGUUCUCAAUCCUCAACUCCUUGAUGGUGAUUUUCUUCCUGGCCGGCAUAGUUUUCGUUAUAUUUUUAAGAACUGUAAGAAGGGAUCUUACAAGGUACGAGGAACUGGACAAGGAGGCUCAAGCCCAGAUGAAUGAAGAGCUUUCAGGUUGGAAGCUUGUGGUUGGUGAUGUGUUCAGGGAACCUUCACACUCGAAAUUGCUAUGUGUGAUGGUGGGUAAUGGGGUUCAGAUAACUGGGAUGGCAGCUGUCACUAUUGUUUUUGCAGCUUUUGGCUUUAUGUCACCAGCUUCCCGUGGUAUGCUGUUGACUGGUAUGAUUUUGCUAUAUCUCUUCCUUGGAAUCGCUGCUGGGUACGUUGGUGUACGUAUGUGGACGACUGUUAAGGGUUCGUCCGAGGGGUGGAGAUCGGUUGCUUGGUCGAUAGCAUGCUUUUUCCCAGGCAUCGUUUUUUCUAUAUUGACCUUCUUGAAUUUCAUCCUAUGGGGAAGUAAAAGUACUGGCGCCAUCCCAAUUUCCCUAUUUUUCAUACUCUUUUCCCUCUGGUUUUGCAUCUCGGUGCCUCUGACACUUGUGGGUGGGCUUUUUGGUGCACGGGCCGAGAUCAUCCCAUACCCAGUCCGGACCAAUCAGAUCCCCCGGGAGAUACCUGCUCGCAAGUACCCCUCGUGGCUUCUCGUUCUAGGUGCAGGGACACUGCCCUUCGGGACGCUCUUUAUAGAGCUUUUCUUCAUACUCUCGAGUAUCUGGCUCGGGAGAUUCUAUUACGUGUUCGGUUUCUUGCUUAUUGUUCUUUUGCUGCUGGUGGUUGUCUGUGCCGAGGUUUCUGUUGUUUUGACUUACAUGCAUCUGUGUGUCGAGGACUGGAUGUGGUGGUGGAAGGCCUUUUAUGCAUCUGGCUCGGUGGCGCUUUAUGUUUUCCUGUACUCGAUCAAUUAUCUGGUGUUUGAUCUGCAGAGCCUGAGUGGGCCCGUGUCUGCCUCGCUUUACCUGGGUUACUCGUUGAUAAUGGCUGUCGCAAUAAUGCUCUCGACCGGGACCAUUGGGUUUCUUACUUCGUUUUACUUUGUUCAUUACCUGUUCUCAUCCGUGAAGAUUGAUUGA